AUGAUGAGGAUUUUCUCGAAUAAGUCCGGCAUCGAUCUCAACAUUACCUCGACGCUAGGUUGUAUACGUUUUAACGCCGGUACGGAACUUGAUGGAAUCGUUGGAAAACAGGGGAACAUUUACAAACGACGUUCAGCAUUUGUUGUUGGCUGCCGAGGCUUCGAGGACGCUUGCAAUCAGAGCCAUUUUCCAACGAUUUCUCUUCGACCCGACCAACUCUACCAGCACAUCACCAUUUAUCGAUUUUCACUGGUUGAAUAA